AUCUUUUAAAAACCAACCUUUGAGCAGUGCAAAGCUUUCCCACAUAAAGUCUACAUAUAAACCAUCUUUGUGAGAGAAUUUCAAGGGCUUCUUCCUCUCACUUCUCACAAAAUUAUGGGUUUAUGGAACUAUCAUCUACACAACAACAAUCUUUGCUUUCAACCUCCUCCUUUCAUUGAAUGGCUCAAGCCAUCCUCCUCCUCCUCCUCUUCUUCUUCUUCACUUACUUCAUCUUCUUCCUCCUCUUCUUCCUCUGUGACUCAACAAGUUCAGCUCACAAACCCCAUGAGCAUACUAAAGCUUCCUCUCUUGUACCCACAACAACAGCAGCAGCCUCAGCAGCAAGAAAUUGUGAAAGAAACCAUCCAAUGCUUGCCUCUUCUAAGCAGACUCACAGAGAAUAAACCAUUGAAAGAAGAGAAUAUGGGAGUGCAAGAAACUAAAGAGGAGAAGAUUGAUCAGAAGGUAACAGUGGCUUUGCACAUUGGACUACCUAACAGUAGUGGAGAUUCUCAAGUUGAGACCAAAGUUUUUGAUUUUAAAGAACAGCAACAGCCCAUGAAGAAAAGUAUCCAUGGACACUGCUCUUUCAACACAGAGAGUAGGUUUUGGAUCCCGACUCCUGCUCAGAUCCUUGUAGGACCUAUGCAGUUUGAGUGCUCCAUCUGCAGCAAAACCUUCAAUAGGUACAACAACAUGCAGAUGCAUAUGUGGGGACAUGGAUCUGAAUUCAGAAGAGGACCAGACUCACUAAAAGGAACACAACCAGCAGCAAUGCUGAGGCUACCAUGUUAUUGCUGUGCACAAGGUUGCAAGAACAAUAUAAACCAUCCAAGAGCAAAGCCAUUGAAAGAUUUCAGAACCCUUCAAACUCAUUACAAAAGAAAGCAUGGAGCUAAGCCAUUUAUGUGCAGAAAAUGUGGGAAAACUUUUGCAGUCAAAGGAGAUUGGCGAACCCAUGAAAAGAACUGUGGAAAGUUAUGGUAUUGUACUUGUGGUUCAGAUUUCAAACACAAAAGAUCUCUCAAAGAUCACAUUAGGUCUUUUGGCAAAGGUCACUCUCCUCAUCCUUCUCUUGAAGGUUUUGAAGAUGACAAAGAAUGCAUCAGUGCCUCUGAAGAAGAUGAACUCCUUCACUAGCUCUAGCUUCAAAGUGAAACUUGCCCUGUUCUGUUCGUUUUUCGCUUGCUUUUGGAGUUGAAAGCUAUAUAUAACAUAUAUCUGCUGAUACGUACCUAGGCUUGUGCUCAGUAACAAAAAAUUCUCAAGAGCAUGGGAAGCACAGAGGGAGCGGUUUGCUACGGAGCACUUGCUGGGAGAUGAUGAGCAGAUUAAUAAUAAAGAAGAUGAUUACCUUCUGAAAUGGUGAUGAAGUUGAUGAAUUUUCUUCUGCUUGAUGAGUAGAAUAUUCAAGCUUUUUGUGAUGAUCUCAACUCUCCAAGAUUUAAUGGAGAAAAUUUGUUCGCUUCAUUGCUAAUUAACUGGUAAUCUUUUCAUUAAUAUUAUAGUGAUGAUUUUGUU